AUGGAUAUUGUUAACACAUGUUUAAUGAUGUUAAAUGUUUAAAGUACAUAAGAGAGUGAAUGUCCAAAAGAUGAAUUGAAUGAUUCGAUUGAUUUAUAUAUGGACUAAAAGAUUAGUAUAAUUGAAAUAAGGAUUGUGAAAUAUUUGCAUGGAAUGGGAAUUUAGACUAAAACUGAUCCAGGUUAAAAGGAAUAAUAAUAUUGGAAUUCAAAAAGGCUUGAAAGCAAUAAGAAAUUAGAAUAAUUUUGGAGUGGUAGCAAUCUUCCAAUGAAUUCUUCAUUAACACGUUUAUUGAAGUGUAGAUAAUCUCAAACAUUUUAACAUUUUGGACAGAGUGUAAAAUCUGUUUAAGAUUUUGGAACUUACUGAUAU